AUGCUUGCCAAAUCAGCGAAAAAGCUUAAACCUUUGUUUGCUUAUCCUCUCUCCUCCUUCAAAUCUUCCAUACGCACUGAAACAAACCCUCCAAUUAGAUUUCUAACUUCAUUUCUCGAUCACCAUCACUCCAACAACAUAUCGAAUUCGCCAUUUCUCCUUCUCCCUUCUCGUCACUAUUCUUCUUCCACUAAUGUUCCACCUCUAACCCGCGAUGGUAAUUACGAUGAUGCCACUUCCGUCACCAUCUCCGUUUGCCCCGGCUGUGGAGUUCAUAUGCAGAACUCCAAUCCGAAACACCCAGGUUUCUUCAUCCAACCAUCGAUCGAGAAACAGAAGAGCGAUUCGAUUCGAUUUCUCAAAUCGAAUCUUGACCCCGAAUUGAUCGAUUCGAUCAAACCAGCGGUUAUCGUCGAACCAAAUUCCGAUGACCUAAACCCCAAAAUUGACGAAACGGAAAAAGAAUCUUCCGAUGGAAGACCGUUAGUGUGCGCGAGGUGCCAUUCACUGAGACACUACGGGAAAGUGAAGGAUCCGACGGUGGAGAAUCUGCUUCCGGAUUUCGAUUUCGAUCAUACGGUGGGAAGACGACUGGGCUCAGCUUCCGGUGCUCGAACCGUCGUGCUAAUGGUCGUCGACGCUAUAGAUUUCGACGGAUCAUUCCCGAAGAGAGUCGCAAAGCUCGUGUCGAGAACAAUCGACGAAAACGACAGAGCGUGGAAAGAGGGAAAAUCAGGAAACGUCCCUAGAGUCGUCGUCGUGGUGACCAAAAUCGAUUUGUUACCGAGCUCGUUAUCUCCGACGAGGUUUGAGCAUUGGGUGAGACAGAGAGCUCGCGACGGAGGGCUAAGCAAGGUCACGAAGCUGCAUUUCGUCAGCCCUGUGAAGAAUUGGGGGAUCAAGGAUUUGGUCGAAGACGUAGCGGCAAUGGCCGGAAAGAGAGGACAAGUCUGGGCCGUUGGGUCACAGAACGCCGGAAAAAGCACUCUGAUCAACGCCGUGGGGAAGGUGUUCGGCGGGAAAGUCUGGCAUUUGACGGAGGCUCCGGUGCCGGGAACCACAUUGGGGAUAAUUCGGAUUGAAGGCGUUUUGCCUUUUGAAGCGAAGCUGUUUGAUACUCCAGGGUUGUUGAAUCCUCAUCAGAUCACGACGAGGCUCACUAGAGAAGAGCAGAGGCUUGUUCAUAUCAACAGGGAGCUUAAGCCUAGGACUUACAGGAUCAAGGAAGGUUAUACGGUUCAUAUUGGUGGGCUGAUGAGACUUGACAUUGAUGAAUCAUCUGUGGAUUCUGUGUAUGUUACAGUUUGGGCGUCUCCUUCUGUUCCACUUCACAUGGGGAAGAAGGAGAAUGCACACAAAACGCUUGAGGAACAUUUCGGUUCUCGUUUGCAGCCGCCGAUUGGGGAGAAGCGUGUGGAGGAGAUGGGGAAAUGGGUGAGAAAGGAGUUCCGAGUGAGUGGGAGCAGUUGGGACACGAGUUCGGUGGAUAUUGCUGUUUCGGGUCUCGGUUGGUUUGCGGUGGGACUCAAAGGAGACGCGGUUUUGGGAGUAUGGACUCACGAAGGGAUUGAUGUGUUCGUCCGUGACUCGUUGCUCCCACAACGAGCACGCACUUUUGAAGACUCUGGCUUUACUGUGUCCAAGAUCGUUGCCAAAGCUGAUAGAGCUUUUAAUCAAACUCACAAGGUGGAUAAUAGACUGAAGAAACGAAGAUCCAAUAAGUCUACUUCAGUUUCUGCAUCUGACAUGGAAAGCACAAAUCUUUCAGAUAUAAAAGUUUAG